AAGAGUAAUUAUUUUAAUUAGCUGUUAUAUAGCCCUAGUUUUUCUCGCCAAUGUUAUAAUUACUUCUAACGGUCCCUUAAGUAUUGAUAAAUGGAAAUAUAAAAUACUCGUCAUAAUCAUGUAAAUUAAAAAAAAUCCAGUCAGAAUAUUAAAACAUUACGAUAAACAUAUCGACAAAAACCGACAAACAUUGAAGAUUUCACAGUAAUUACGGAGCUGUCAAGUUUCCCGCGCACGGCAAUGUCUUCCCGCCGCAACUCGAACGCAGUUGCUUACCGUUGACCGAGAAAAAAACAACGUCGCCAUCUUUUUUUAUAUUUUUGCGUCGCAUUUGCCGUUUUAUUGUAUCGUCUAGGCUGUUUAUAUAUAGAGGUGGAUCCUUCAACCCCGAGGCCAUAUCAGAACAAUCCCGCGAAGAAAACACCGGCAUUGAAAUGUACCGAACACUAUUAUUCUUGUUCCUGUGCGGGCGAACGUUAACUGCGCCUCAGCAGGGCAUAGAGACGAUCGCUGACGUAAAGCCGACUAUCUUCGACUACCCUGCAGAGGUAUACAACUUACCCGCACACUACCCCACCGCGGAUACCCUCAUUAAUACGGGUAGACCGUACAGCGCCCUCUAUGGUAUGACAACUGAAAACAUCGAUCUAGAGACCACAGAUUAUAACGAACAAUUAACAGAUGGAUAUGAUAAAAUGGCAGAAUCUAUACCACGUGAUUAUGAAAAUAGAGAUAAUACAGCCGAAAUAUAUUCCAAUAUUGGUCUAUUCGCAAACAAUUAUUUACCAGGACAUAGAAGACUUGAAUACAAUGAAGGAAAUCAAAUCAAAAAUGUUAACAUGAACUAUACUGGAUUUAACAAUACGUCUGAUUUUAAUGUCAAUUCUACCAAAGAUGAAUCUAGUAAAACAGAAGAGACAAUCAUAUCAGAUGUUAAACCUACAACUAUCGAUAAAAAGUCAUCUGACAAAAUCAAAACUGACGAUAUCACAAAUUUUAGCAACAACAAAAAUAUAUUGAACAAUCAAAGUUUCGGAAGCACACUUAAUAUUAAAAACAUCGCAAAUAUAGUAGAAGACAAGCCAAUAUACGAAGUUAGCAAACCCAGUUACUUCAGCAAUGGUCGAAAAGGUUUAAAUGAGGAAUUUCAAAAAGGACGAAGAAAGUUCAGAUCGAAUUGUCGAUGUGAAAAGAUAUGGAACUGUCCUAAGCUACAGAUAACAGUGCCCAGAUGUCCUGACGAAUAUUUUAUGUGUUGUUUCUGAUUUAAUAUUAAUCCAAAACUCCAAUGCAGUUGUGUCCCUUUCAUUCUCUCAGACAAAAAAGAGGCAGCAAUAUGUCACAAGUUUGACCGUA